AUGAUUGUUAAAUAUUACUUUAUUAUUGUACUACUUGUUUUCAUCAAGGGUAGUUUAUCAUCUAAGCCUAAAUUUACAUUUGAUGAAUUUUUUAACUAUACUGCAUUUUCAUCUUUAAUUCUUUCACCUGAUAAUGGCCAAUCGAUUCUCAUUCAGACACAACAUCAUAUAUGGGAUCGAGACAUAAACGAAGAACAUCUUCAUAUACAAACAUUACGAGGCGGGAACAGAAAAUUAAUAACAAAACGUGCAAGUUAUUUCAAACCUCAAUGGAAAGGUGAUUUAAUUGCCCUAAUAUUAACAAGUAGUGCGACUAAUCAAAAUAAACAAGAAAAAUUAUUUAGUGAAUCACAAUAUAUUCAUCUUUAUUCGGUUCGUACGGAUCAAAUGAUUCCUGUUUCAAUAGGUAAAGAAGUCGUCCACGCAUUCACAUGGUCAACUACAUCUGUAAGUCUUUACUUCGCAACUCGUACACCGUGGCCAGAAGAAGCUGAAGAGGCAUAUAAAAACGAAUGGAAAGAUGUUAUUGAAUAUCGAGAACAACAUCGAGGUUAUACAAUUUAUCGGGCCGAUAUUGAAAACAUGACCAUAACCAAAAUAGAACUACUGGCAAAUAUUUCAUUUCGUGUAGCCGAAUUGAUUUGUUCUCCUGAUGGAAAGAAACUACUAUUUUCAACACGAUCAAAAUCAUUGAACAUGGAACGAAUAACAGAUUAUGAGCUCUAUUUUCUUGAUUUGACGAAUAAUUUGCCAUUACCUCCUUUAAGAUUGACGAAUAAUGCAGUAGUUGAAAUUAACCUGCAAUGA